AUGGAAUUGUCGUUGGUUAAAUCUACAAGUUGUCGUAGGUUGAGUUUUGAUGUAAACAACGACUGUCAGGAUGAUGAGUUUGAUGUUAUUAAUGAGGAUAUGGACUCUACCAUGUUAUUGAUGAGUUCUGACCAAUCUAUCAUAGAAGAAUUGAUACCAAAAAUGGGUAUGGAAUUUAAGACAGAAGAGGAAGCCUAUGAAUUUUAUUUGAAAUAUGCUAAACAAGUUGGAUUUGGCGUAAGAAAGAGCAAAAGCCAUAAUGAUAAAUCGGGUAAAUUAGUUGACAGAAUUUUUUGUUGUAGUGCACAAGGAAAAAGGGGAAAAGACAAACGAGAUGUUUAUGUGAAAUCAAGUCGUCCUGAAACAAGAUUUGGUUGUGAGGCUAAAAUAAAGAUUAGUUGUCGAAAUAAUGGCAACUUGACUGUGGAGCAAUUUGUUAAAGAGCAUAAUCAUUAUCUUUCAAGUCCAAACAAAACUCACCUCUACAGAUGUCAUAGAAAUAUAUCUUCUUCUGCGGCGAUACAGAUUGAGAUGACAAGUGAUGUGGGACUCCCCCCAAAAGCAUCUCAUGAUCUUAUGGUGAGACAAGUAGGUGGGAGAGAGAAUUUAGGUUUUAUUCCUAAAGAUUACAAAAACUACUUGCGAUCCAAAAGAACAAGAAAUAUGAGAGUUGGUGAUACAGGAGGUGUAUUGGAGUUUUUGCAUAAAAUGCAGUUCGAUGAUCUCAAUUUUUUUUAUGCUAUUCAAGUUGAUGAAGAUGAUUUGAUAACUAAUAUUUUUUGGUGUGAUGCUAAGAUGAGAGCUGAUUAUGAAAAUUUUGGAGAUGUUGUUUGCUUUGACACAACUUACAGGAAGAAUAAUGAAGGUUGCCCAAUUGCGUUGUUUGUAGGUGUUAAUCAUCAUAAGCAAUCCAUAAUUUUUGGUGCAGCUUUAUUAUAUGAUGAAACAUCUUUGACGUUUGAAUGGUUGUUUGAUAUAUUUACCAAGACUAUGUGUGAGAAAAAAUCAAUAACUAUUCUUACAGAUCAAGAUGCAGCAAUGACAAAGGCUUUAGCUUCCAGAUGGCUUAAAACACAUCAUCGUUUGUGUAUUUGGCACAUUUAUCAAAAUGCCGCAAUACAUUUGAGUAGAGUUUUUUCUCAGUUCAAAGAGUUUACUAAAGAUUUUGCCUCAUGUAUAUAUAAUUUUGAUGAAGAGGAAGAUUUUAUUUCAGCUUGGAACAUAAUGUUGACCAAGUAUGCACUUGAAGACAAUGAUUGGUUGAGACGUCUAUUUCGCAUAAAGGAAAAAUGA